AUGAAAAUAGUCAAAGCUAAAGUAGGAUCGCAGAAAAUUAAUUGUCACCUUGAACUAGGAUUUCUCGGACUAUCAAUAUGUACUAAUAAGCUUCUCAAGAAAAUAGGUAGUAAAAUUAGCAGAAAAUUAACACUCGAAGAAAAAGAUAGCAAAUUCAUCAGAGAAGAAGCCACAGCUCCACUUGGAUUGGCCAUAAUCCCACUUACAUUUACAUCUAAUAUAAAAGAUAAUAUCCGUCUUAAUAAUAAAAAAUCUAUCACGAUUCCAACUGAAUUCUAUGGACGCAAAUAUGAUGAUGAUAAGCUCCAGACUUAUAUACCAGAAAUAGUGACUGAUGCAGAAGAUGCCUGGGUAAGAACAACUUUGCGUAUUAAAAACCUAACUGAGAAGAAAGGGAAGAGAGUAAUAGUAUCUGUUAAUAAAAGAGAUAUUUAUAAUUUUUACAAAAUACUUCCUGGGAAAUCGAAAGAUUCGGGCACUUCCAAUUCAGAUACUUCUUCCAAUUCAGAUACUUCGGACAGCGAUUCAAGUAAUUCUUCCACAUCUAGUUCAGAAAUAGAAGUUACACAUGCGCAUAAGACUAGAGCAGUAAAGAAACGCCCUAUUCGAAAGCAUAAAGUAAAAG